UGACAAUCGUCCAAUCCGCGUCAUGACAGCUACGCACGUGACUCUGGGUGAAGUUAUUCCUGAGAGAGCGGUGCAAAACAGACUGACAAAUCCAGGAACGGAGAAUUGCAGUUUGUGUAGUCAGUGGAAGAAGCACUCCCCUGUAGAGUCAUGGCCUCUGCAUCAAUACCAGUCUACAACCGCUCAAAUAACCCCCUGGAGAACAGCUCUAGUCAGAAUGCAUCCAGAGAGAGUCUGAAGAUGGAACCACUGGCAGUCACCCUACUGCCCGGAGAGGAGAGAGUCAUAGACAAAGACAUAAUGUACAUAUGUCCAUUCAGCGGACCUGUCAAAGGCAAAGUCUUCAUUACUAACUACAGACUGUACUUCAAGAGUGCAGACGCAGACCCGUCGGUGACCCUGAACGUUCCGCUGGGUGCCAUUGGCCGGGUGGAGAAGAUGGGCGGAGCCUCCAGUCGGGGGGAAAACUCAUACGGGCUGGACAUCACCUGCAAGGACAUGAGGAACCUGAGGUUUGCGCUGAAGCAAGAGGGCCACAGCAGAAGAGACAUCUUCGAUAUACUCUUUAGAUACGCCUUUCCACUAUCCCACGGCCUGCUUCUGUUUGCUUACCUGAGUCAGGAGAAAUAUGAAGAGAAUGGCUGGAGUGUCUACAAACCCAUGGAAGAGUUCAGGCGGCAGGGCUUACCCACUGACAAGUGGCGUAUCACGUUCAUCAAUGACAACUAUGAGCUGUGUGACACCUACCCCACUAUACUGGUGGUUCCCUUCAAAGCUACAGAGGAAGACCUGAGGAAAGUGUCUACCUUCAGGUCGAGAGGACGCAUACCGGUCCUAUCCUGGAUCCACCGUGAGAACCAGGCCGUUAUCUGCCGCUGCUCCCAGCCCCUGGUGGGGAUGUCUGGGAAGAGGAACAAGGACGACGAGCGCUACCUGGACGUGAUCCGGGAGGCCAACGGCACUGCCAAGCUCACCAUCUACGACGCACGGCCCAGCGUCAACGCCGUUGCCAACAAGGCCACGGGUGGGGGUUACGAAGGAGAUGACACUUAUCAGAACGCUGAGCUGGUGUUUCUGGACAUACACAACAUCCACGUCAUGAGAGAGUCACUGAAGAAGCUAAAGGACAUCGUCUAUCCCAACGUAGAGGAGUCACACUGGCUGUCUAGUCUGGAGUCCACACACUGGCUCGAACACAUCAAGCUCGUCCUCUCUGGAGCCAUCCAGGUAGCAGAUAAGAUAUCGGGGGGUAACUCUGUGGUGGUCCACUGUAGUGAUGGGUGGGACCGGACAGCCCAGCUCACCUCUCUGGCCAUGCUGAUGCUUGACAGCCACUACCGCACCCUCAGGGGCUUCCAGGUGCUGCUGGAGAAGGAGUGGAUCAGCUUCGGACACAAGUUUGCCUCUAGGAUAGGACACGGGGAUAAGAACCAUGCAGACCAGGAUAGGUCUCCUAUCUUUGUACAGUUCAUAGACUGUGUCUGGCAGAUGACCAAACAGUUCCCGACAGCGUUUGAGUUCAACGAGCGGCUCCUAAUGACCAUCCUGGAUCACCUGUUCAGCUGUCGCUUUGGAACCUUCCUCUACAACUGUGAGAGCGCCAGGGACACCAACGAGGUACGGUCUAAGACAGUGUCCCUGUGGUCGUUGGUGAACAGUGACUCUACUUCCUACCUGAACCCCUUCUACACUCCUGAGUCCAGUAGGGUCCUCUACCCCGUAGCCAGCAUGAGACACCUAGAGCUUUGGGUGACUUAUUACAUCCGCUGGAACCCACGCAUACGACAACAGCAGCAGAGUCCAGUGGAACAGCGUUACAUGGAGCUCCUGGCACUGAGAGAUGAAUACCUGAAGAAACUAGAGGAACUGCAGCUCACUGACUCCUCCCCUAACUCCUCCCACCUAUCAAAUAGCUCUGCCUCCAAUGCGGCCUCGCCCACGCAGCACAUCAAUCACCUGCACACCCCUUUCUGAGUGGGGUACUCAAACACACACACGUGAGUGUGUGUUUGUUCGUCAGGGUUGAGGUUACUUCGAUAUUAAUUGAGUCAAUGAAUCAAAGGAAAUAGAAUUCCUAAUUUAAGAGUUGAAAAGUGAAAUUUAUUCCAAAUAGGAACUUUACCGAUUCUUGAAUUAGGAUUUAAAUUCACUUCCUGAAUCGACAUGUAAUUUGACCCUGACAAAGACACAAGAAGUUGUUUUUUUGUACAUAGCGUUAGUAAAGUAAUAAUGGAGAUGAUAAAUAACAUGGAAAUCAUGACGUAUGACCAUAACAAAAACGUAACUAUGGUGAUUAUGCAAUAUGUCACAGUACAGCCUUUUGACAACUUUUGUAUAACGUUGUUUUUUUUCUGCAAAAACAGAGAAGCCUUAAUACGAAAUAAAAUAAAUACUCAGUGUGUUGUAGAUAAACUAUAAAGGACGUGUGAAGGGUUAAAACUCAAUGGCUGCAUUACGAUUCUUUACACUUUACAUAGUGUGCACUCAUUUACUCCCCAUCAUGCUUAUGCAUUGCAUCGGUAAAAGCAGGCUGGAGGGAGUUUCCAUCGUAUUACUCACACCAGUCCAUUCUGGGGGGUGAAUGAGUGCACACUUCCAGAAGAGUAAAAAAUGGGAACAUAGCCCCUGCUCCUCUUGAACUCUGUACACUGUGUCAACUCCAAGACCUGAAAAGGACAUUGUUAAACUGUUAUGACAAACAAAAAGAGAAAGUUUUGACUAUUAGUGCAUUUGGCUGACUUAAAUCAGUGUGCACCUGUACAGAUGUCCUCAAUAUGAGCAAUACCAGUCCAGUCAACCAGUUAAGUUUGGAUAACAAACUAGAGUAAUAAGUUGGGUAACUCCCAUAAGUUGGGUAAGUACAAACCCUGCAGUUCCCCAGUCCCAACUCGCUUAAAUUCUCUGAAUAUCUGCGUCCUUCAGUUUAUUGCAUACAUUCGUAACAGCCCUAAGUCCUUGCAUUUAUCAGGGGUUGUCUGUAGUCCACUCUGAGAUGUCCAGUGGGCCUAGUAUCCCCAUGUAUUUUACUGUAGAAGGUCUUUGGAGAGAUAUGACACUGAGUUGUAUUGGUUUUUAUUCGAGGAGCUGUGAGUUUUAUCUCCAACAAUGUCCACCCUAGCCUGGUCCCAGAUCUGUUAGUGCUAUCUUGUGAACUCAUGCAUGUCAAGUAUGACAAUGACCAUAGGAAUUGGCAAGAAAGCACAAACCGAUCUGGCACCAGGCUAGGUCCACUCAGUCAGUCCAAUAAAGUUCUGCAUCAACAGGACUCUCAUUUUGCCAACCUAAAACUUGAGAACCUUAGAACCUGUCACCUUAAAACCAGUCAAACUCCUCUUGGCAUAAACUUAAACCUGAAAUCCCUAAUGGUGAAACUGCCACGUCCAUUUGCGAUUAUAACAACAAAGAAGUUACUGCAAACAACUAAUUCUGGUUAUUUCCCUCCGACAUCAUUGCACAUGAAUAGAAGCAUAUGUAAUGCUUUUUUUUUUUUACCACGAUCUGCAACGCUCCCCAGCUCUGCUUCGUCAACAAAACAAAAACGAUAACAACGGCCGUGGGGCGGACAGAGGAGCUGUUUUGCCUACUGCUCAUUCCGUCUUUAAACAUUUGUCUCAAAACAUUUUAUCUCAGUCCAGGGAGCAAAAUGGUUUAGAUCAAGUUUGCUUGAUUUUAAAGGUUUUAGGACUUCCACAGAGUAUUCUCCAAAAGACUAUGGGCAGGAAAAAGUUAUUUUGACAAGAGCAACAACCAGAGGUGAGGUAAGAUCGGUGGAAAAGUCCAGAAUAGUUUAAAAACUUUCAAGGGACAACAAUAAGGUGUCCCAAGUAUUCUCAGACAAGAUACAGUUCUUUGGACAAUAACUACCAUAGAGUUUGAGAUACGAUUUGGGAUAAGAUUAGUAAAAAGAAGUCUAGAAAUGUUUAGUAACUCUUUUUAAAGGGCAGGUCCAGUGUUCUCGGGACCGCUGGUCGGGUCCAGUUCUGUGCCUUUGACCACCUGAGGUUCAACCUCAGGUAGACGUUUUGUACCCAAACCAGAGAUCUGUAUAUAAUGACAUGCUCAUGUCUCUGCCCCAGCAAUGGGAGUUGUUGACCCAAAGGCAGGAAGGCAGGCGACAAGCUUAGGUCAAAAAUUAGCCCAUAAAAAAACAUUGGGCAAUUUUUGAAAUAUAUUUUGGCAGGAGUGAAACCUCUCGCUUCACCUCUUCCUCUCUGCUCAAACUAUACAUUUUGUCUUUGUUAUCGUUCCUCUGUGGCGGGGAGAAAGGGAAAGAAAGCACCCGAUUUGGUUGUGGCAGGAAAAAGGAAGCACCUGAUUUGUUGUGGCGUAGGAAAGUCCAAUCCUGAUUCGUCGUCAGGGGGGAGAAAGAUGGGGAAAGGAAACUGUUGAUGGGUUGCUGUGGGUUCGUUUUGGUGAAGACUCUUCGUGUGGGUUACGCUUGUUUUAAAACGGUCACCAUACUGGAUAUGGCAACGCCAUACAAGAGAAUGAAUAGAUAUGACUUCGAAGGCUUGUGCGGGGUCACCCAUGUUGAAAGGUGGUGGUGGGGAAAGAAUGAGGGCACUAGCGGCUCCCUAAUGCCUCACCAGAAUGCAGCACUUUGGAAGUCUUUGGCCUCAAUAAGCGGGGGAAAGUAAAAAAACAACACUGCAAGGGAAAAAUAACCACAUCGCAGAAGACUUUGUUGUUUGAUUGUGUUAGUUGGUUGAUUAUUUUUAGCGAAAAAUGUAAAAGACAAAAAUCUAUUUUUAUUUUUUACUUUGUACAAGUACAGUAACUGAUGUACACUGAACAAAAAUAUAAAUGCAACAUGCAACAAUUUCAAAGAUUUUACUGAGUUACAGUUCAUAUAAGGAAAUCAGUCAAUUUAAAUAAAUCAUUAGGGCCUAAUCUAUGGAUUUCACAUGACUGGGAAUACAGAUCUGCAUCUGUUGGUAACAGAUACCUUAAAAACAAAGGUAGGGGCAUGGAACAGAAAACCAGUCAGUAUCUGGUGUGACCACCAUUUGCCUCAUGCAGCGCAACACAUCUUCACAUUGAGUUUAUCAGGCUGUUGAUUGUGGCCUAUGGAAUGUUGUCCCACUCCUCUUCAAUGGCUGUGCUAAGUUAUCGUACACGUCGAUCCAGAGCAUCCCAAACAUGCUCAAUGGGUGACAUGGCUGUUGAAUAUGCAGGUCAUGGAAGAACUGGGACAUUUUCAUCUUCCAGGUUUUGUGUGACAGAUCCUUGCGACAUGGGGCCGUGCAAUAUCAUGCUGAAACGGGAUAGCGCCGAAUGAAUGGCACGACAAUGGGCCUCUGGAUCUUGUCAUGGUAUCUUUGUGCUUUCAAAUUGCCAUUGUUAAAAUGCAAUUGUGUUCGUUGCCUGUAGUCUAUGCCUGCCCAUACCAUAACCCCAACGCCACCAUGGGGCACUCUGUUCACAACGUUGACAUCAGCAAACCGCUCACCCACAUGACGCCGUAUGCCAUCUGCCCGGUGCAGUUGAAACUAUGAUUCAUCCGUGAAGAGCACACUUCUCCAGUGUACCAAUGGCCAUCGAUGGUGAUAACGUCCCAACUGAAGUCGGUUACAACGCCAAACUGCUGUCAGGUCGAGACCCUGGUGAGGACAACGAGCGCGCAGAUGAGCUUCCCUGAGACUGCUUGUGCAGAAAAUCUUCAAUUGUGCAAACCCACAAUUUCAUCAACUGUCCAGGUGGCUGGGCUGAGACAUUCCCGCAGGUGAAGAAGCCGGAUGUGGAGGUCCUGGGCUGAUUGGGUUACACAUGGUCUGCGGUUAUGAGGCAGAUUGUGACGUACUGCCAAAUUCUCUUGCAGGCGGCUUAGGGUAGAGAAAUUAACUUUAAAUUCUCUGGCAACAGCUCUGGUGGACAUUCCUGCAGCCAGCACAUCUAUUGCACACUCCCUCAACUUGAGACAUCUGGGGCAUUGUGUUUGUGUGACAAAACUCCACAUUUUAGAGUGGCCUUUUACCUGUCAGGUGGAUGGAUUAUCUUGGCAAAGGAGAAAUGCUCACUAACAGGGAUGUAACACAUUUGUGCACAACAUUUAGAGAAAUAUGCUUAUUUUGCAUAUGAAAAAUUUGUGGGAUCUUUUAUUUCAGCUCAUGAAACAUGGGACCAACACUUUGUAUGUUUCUUUUAUAUUUGUGUUCAGUAUAAUUACCUCAAACAAAACCUAUUUUACUGUAGAAAAGUUAUAUUGUUGUAAAAUAUAAUUUUAUUUCGUGUAAAAUUUGACACGUUUUAUAAAAAGGAAAGUAAUAAGACAUGUAUUUUUUGUUGCUUUGAAUGGUUGGUUAAUAAUUUGUGGAUUUGUUGUUCCAUAAAUGUAUUUUCUUUAGUUUGUUUUAUUUUACCUUACGGGCAUUUUUGCUUUCUAACAUAGAAGAGAGGACAGUAAAUCAUGUUUGAAUCAUGAUUCGUGGGAUAUUUGAUUCAAUCGGGAACCUAUUCAGUUCCUUUUGGUUCUUUACCUGUGAUUGUGAAACCUGGUGCGUGAUUCAAUCAAACUCGGAUUUCGGUGUUUAAGGAGUAGCUCUCUUUCCCCCUUGGUCAAAUGAAAUGCCAGGAUGGUUAUGGGAACUGUUAAAACCUACUACUACUACCAAGUAGACUCCUCUGACAAGUAUAUUAUUACAUUUUCCACAAUAAGUCUAUGCAUGGACAGUAGUUUGUAAACAAAGGCACUGCUGUAAACAUUCCCAUAGCAAGUUGGAUUGAAUGCCAGACCUUGAGGAAUUGAGGACUCUGAUAAAGUAGUGCACUAUAUAGGGACUAGGGCACAAUUUGGGACGCAGACAAACUGUCACUCAUGAUUUUUGUUAUUUUCUUCAUUUAUUAUAUCUUAACGUAAGUAAUAUGGGGGGGUUUAAUAAAGGGGGGUUUCUUUGUCAUAGUAAUGCCUACUUACGACUCCCUAGCCUGGUUCCAAAUCAGUUUGUGCUGUCUUGCAAAGUCCUUGUGAGUCAUGACUCGUGACCAUAGGAGUUAGCUUGAGUGUCUUUCAGGGGGUGUUCUGUCCAGGGGGUGUACUUUUACAACCACCUGCCUCACCCUACUGAAAUAGAUGGCCUCUUGCCCUAUGGGACGUUCUGGCUCGGACGAGGUUUACUUUCUGUUCAUGCCAUGACAAGCAGAAACAGACUUGCACCCAGACUACAUAGGAGUUUUGGCUAGACAACACGAAUCGAUGUGGGAUCCGGGCUGUACUACUCCCUCUCAUGUAUGAGUGCUCCACUGUUGGUUGUUUUGACCGGCUCUUGUUGUGUAAAUAAUGCUGAUUAAAUUAAUUUAAACAUUUCUCACUUUUUUUAAAAUGGAUUGAUUCUGUCAUUCAAAUUAUUGUGGUAAUUUAUCCUUUAUUUAUUCAGGAGAUCAUAAGGAAAUGUGCAAAAUAUCUUAUGUAAUGUCUGCUGAUGUGAAAAUUGUGGCUCGGAGAAGAUUGUGGAUAUUCAGACCUUGUCCCAUCAUAGCAUAUCUCAGCCCUAAAUAUAACAGAAGCACCAGUUCACACCUCCUUAGGAUAUUGGAAUUGGUCCAAAAUGCUUUUAAAUUAGAUACUUUCUAGCUCCCUAGAAUCGAACCCUACUAAAAAUGACAUUCAGACUACUGAACGUUCUCUAGGUCUAUUCCAUUAGUGGGGUUGUUCCACGAAAUGAGUCACUUUGGCAUGUCCCUCUGUGCACCCUCUGCGACUUCUAGGAAGAUUUUAACCCAUGUUUCACUAAUUGUUGUUGAGCCCUAGUUAUUUUGUUGUUUUGACAAAGUAAUUUCUGGAGAUUAUGUAUUUCAAAUAAAAUGUUAUUUGUCA